CGUGUUUUCAAAAUGGCUUCCAAAAUGAGAAUUUUGACAUUUUAUUUGAUAAUUUCCUGGAUUUUCUCUGCAAUGGCAGAAGUUACAGAGACUCCACUUACACCGUCGGUAGAAAAUGACGAAGAAGUACUUGUUACAGAUCAACAUAAAACUGACAGCUUAACUAUUCUCAUGUUAUUGGGAUUGUUAUUGUUGACAAUUUUGACAGUUUGGUUAUUCAAACAUCGCCGACUUAGAUUCGUACAUGAAACAGGAUUGUCUAUUAUCUAUGGUUUGAUUAUAGGUGCUGUAAUUCGCUAUACUAGUCAUCCAAAUACACAGAGAACAGCUCAUGCAGUUUUGGAUAACUAUUCCACCAAGACAACACCAGAAGCUGUCUUUAUAACCAUGAAUGUAACCAUCAAUCAAAACAGCACAGUGGAGAGAACUAUAAAAUACAGUUUAGACAAAAUAGUUACUUCAGUUGAGGAAGAAGCACCUUUAGAAAAAACAGUUACGUUUGAUCCAGAAAUAUUUUUCAAUGUGUUCCUACCUGUGAUAAUUUUUGAAGCUGGAUACAGUAUGAAAAGAAGGCAUUUCUUCAGAAACUUCGGAGCUAUUGUUAUGUAUGCCUUUGUUGGUACAACUGUAUCCUGCAUGGUUGUCGGUGGUUUGAUGUUUGCGAUAACAAGAUUUCUGCCAUUUGAGUUCACAGUCAACGACUGCUUCUUCUUCGGAGCUAUAAUCUCAGCCACAGACCCAGUGACCGUCCUGGCAAUCUUUAAUGAUCUGAAUGUAGACGUAACACUGUAUGCUCUUGUAUUUGGGGAGAGUGUUCUAAACGAUGCUGUGGCUAUAGUUUUAUCUGGAUCUGUGGAAGCAUAUGGAAAGGGUGGUGGAGGUGAAGGAUUCAGUGUAAAUGCAUUGUUCAAAGCUCUUGGGAAUUUCUUGGGUAUAUUUGGCGGCGCUUUCUUGAUAGGCUCAGUGUUCGGAAUGGUCACCGCACUGCUUACAAAGUACACCAAACUUCGUGACUUUCCUGUCCUGGAGACGGCACUCUUCUUCCUCAUGUCAUUUGCAUCAUUCCAAACAUCAGAAGCAGCUGGACUAACAGGAAUUGUUGCUGUGUUAUUCUGUGGGAUAUGCCAGGCCCACUACACAUACAAUAACCUUUCUGAAGAAUCCAAGCAAAGAACUAAGCAGUUAUUUGAGCUGCUGAACUUCUUGGCUGAGAAUUUUGUGUUUUUGUACAUCGGGGUGUCUGUGUUCACGUUUGAGAGUGUUGCCUGGAAUGGAUGGUUUAUACUGGGAGCUUUUGCUUCUAUCAUCAUAGCUAGGGCCAUAAACGUUUAUCCUUUGUCAGCUUUAUUAAAUCUCGGAAGGAGAAACAAAAUUCCAGUGAACUUGAUGCACAUGAUGCUGUUUUCAGGUUUGAGGGGUGCAAUAGCAUAUGCUCUGGCUAUACGAAACACGUCGACAGAGGCCAGGAAGCACAUGUUGUCUGCUACGAUGAUGAUUGUGCUGGUCACUGUCAUACUUUGUGGUGGCUUUGUAACACCUGUGCUCCAGCUCUUAAAGAUAAGGGUUGGUGUCGAGGAUGAGGAACCUCAUACGGAGCAGUCCGCAGAUGUCCGAACUGCGAUGACCCGACAACGCCAAUACAGCACGAUGGAGGUCCCUAGGGGAGCAACAGGGGCUACUUCUCCUCCCUCCCAGCCUUCCUCACUGCAGAGUCAAGCUGAACAAGAUAUUCAGUCUCGCUCGUUCGGGAAGGCCUAUCUUGUUGCCAAGUGGUACAAAUUUGACAGAAGGUUUUUAAAGCCGUUUCUGACCAACAGUCGUCCCAAUCUGAUGGAGACCUGUCCAGGCUGUUGUAUGCCUCUUGCAAAAAUGCUCACAACACAGGAGCAACUCAUGGAGAGUGGAUUCAAUAAUGAUGAGGACUCGGAUACAGAAAUGAUCAUAAAUCAUAGAGAGCUCUCUAUAGGAGAGCACAGCGAGAUCAGUGGUAGCCCAUCCGUUAACUCUAACCUGGACAAGGAGCACACGGAGGUAACGGAAGAGAUCGAUUUAGGUGAUAAUCAGUUAGAUUCGUUUCCUCGCUACCAGGAGGAGAUAAGCGGUGACCUUGGAUUGGGCCAGGAUGACCUUGGAUCAUAUAACCAGCCAAUGAGAUUACAAGUCAACCUCGGCUCACCCACAGGCGAUAGUGUAUGAAUAUAACAUGUACAUGUAUAUAGGGAUUAUUGAGGGUGCGAAAAUGAGAAAACAACCGGUUUUAGUUUCAUAUUACUCUGGUAUUCUAAGCCAUGGUUCAUCCAUGGAUGGAUGAUCGCAUAUGAAAACUAUUGUAUUUUGUGGAUGCCUAGGGUGAAGAAAAUUCACAUAAAACAUAAGGGUUUAGUCUGCCCUUUGCUACACUUAGACUGUGAAUGGUGUAAAACAGAUAUUUAAAAAAACGUUCGCUCAUUAUUCAUUGGACUUAAUGUUAAUCAUGUUUUUACCUAACUAGUUUCUAAGAGAAGCUUUGAAUGUUGUAUUUCCAUCAAACAACACCAUGUUUGAGUUGAGCAAAAAACUGGCUGUUAGUGGAGUUGUUAAAUCAUGAUGUCUUAUGUUCAGAGUUAUUGUAGACCCUGUUAAAAGGCUUAUUCUUUGUGAUGUUGAAUUCAGCAUUCAAAUUCAGCAGUUGCAUAUACUAAUUGCACGAUUGUUUGUCUGUGUUAUCAAUAUUAUUAAGAUCAUUCCCAAUAUUUGCAGUAUAUUAGUGGAUUUUAGUAUUAUGUACAUGUAUAUAAUUAUUGGGGUUGUGUUUUUAUGUGGUCGUGAAAAUGAGGAUUGUUUCUAAUUUCAUAACAACUGUUCUCUGAUAUAUAUGAAUGGGAACCAUCUAUGUUACAAACCUUUGUACAUUAAAGGCAAAGAAAGAUGAAUUAUUUACCUGAAUUCUUGAUACUGUAUGUUAUUCAUGGUAGUUUUAGAGAUGAAAUAUUCCAUUGAAUAUUACUCUUCUAUAGUGUUAUACACCAUGAACUAGAAACUGGUAAUAUUUAAAGAAAAAAGAGAGUAAAUAUAUUGCAACAAAAUCCUUAAAAACACUGGUGUUGAUUGUAUAUCCCUUUUUGAUAUACAAUCUAUUAUAUUGCUUGAUCAUAAUCCAUGUGCUGAUUGUUCAGAAUUUAUUAGAGUAAUAAAUGACAAUUUUCUAAACGGUAUCACUCAUGUUAACCUUUGAAGUUGAACUAUUUUUUAGUAUGCUUAUUUAUAUCUGCAUAAAACAAGCACAGAUGAAACUUUCUAAAUAUUUGUAAAAAGUACUAAGAAAUGUUUCGAUGAAAUUUUUCAUUUUUUGUACAGGUUUGAAAUUUAAUCACAAUAACACAAUUUCAUUAAAGUUUUGAACAAUUGGUCCCAUAAAUUGUAUGUAGUUGCUGGUAGCUUUCUCCACUGCCAAGAUCUUAUUGAGCUGAUUGUUUUCAGAUAUUGAUUAUUUUGAAAAAAGAUUCAUUGCAUAGAUGAGAUUUUUAAUUGAUAUUGAAUUUACGUAAUUCUAUUGAAAAACAAAUUUGAAGCUCAUGUUGUUGUUUUUAUAUGAGCCAAUGUUCCAAUUGAUAGUGUCUUAAUUUGUCUUAAUUUGGAUGAACACUAAAUGUCAAACAUAACAUCACUAUAGUCUAUACAAAAUUUUGCCAAUGAUAUGUUAGAUAUAAAAGUACCCAGUUGUUCGGUAAUUAACUGCGCGUAUAUGCCUGUCAAUUUCCCUUCCCUUAUUCAGCACAAAAAAUACAAACUACAGCACACAUUAUAAAAAAACAACAACUCACCCUUCAAAGUCAUUUCCAGGCCCUGUAUCAUGCAAGUUAAGUGUGUUAUGUGCUACUUUUUACACACUGUUGUUUAUUUAAGUUUAGAUUUUAUUCAGGACUGAAAUGUGUUUCCUGAAGAAACUGUUCUGAAUUAUUUCAACAAUGGAUUCGCUUUUAUAUUCAAGAAAAUGCAAAAAUCAUUAAUGCAAUGAAUUAAUUAUUUUUGUUAAGAUAUCAAAAUUUGUACUCUAAAGUAAGUUUGUUUUUUUCUUUUCUGUGAUAAGAUAUGAAGAUCAUGUAAGUUUACUUUUGGAUGAAGUCAGUUUCAAGUUGAUGAUUGAAUGCAUUAUUGCCCGAUGCUAAAAGUGGCAACGCUUGCCCACUCUGUUGAAAUUGCAUCUAGGCUGUCAUGUUCAGCUCUGAAAACACUACCAGAUAGAAAAUGCCAAACCAUUGUUUUAAAUGGUUAAUCAAUCAUGUAUUUACAAUUUUUGUUUGUUUUUUUAUUUGUAAUGUUAUUCAUAUACUAUAAUAUAUUAACGUUGAUUGAUUUUUACGUGAUCUAUUUGUUGAUCUUUGAAGCUUUUUGUAGUAAUAUAUAACCAUAUAUAACCAUAUUUAAGAAAUAUAUUGUUUAACAAAUUUUCAUUAAAGGUAUAUACAAAUUAAACAUAAUUUAUAUGUUCUUUUCCUAAAAUGCAACAAUUUGGUAACUCUCAUCUCUUUUUUGAACUAUACCAAAGGAUAACAUUAAAAAUUUAGUAACAACAAUUAUGUGAGCCAAAUGUAUGUGAGCCUGCUAUGUACAUGGGUCCUCGUGUUUUCUGUGAUAUGACGCAACAUGAAUACUAGAACUAAAAUGUACAUGCAGCUUAAAUAAUUUUAACUUGUUAAUUUGACUUAAUAACAGCAGUAUAUAGAGAGCAGUAUUAUCUGACCACCGGUAUUCUGACACCGAGGAUGUGAAUCGAUAGCUGAAUUGACAAAUAACCCAUUUAACCAAGCCACUUCCUGUGUGAAGCAUUCUUUGCAACUUUUCAUUGCUCCUCAAUACAUAAAUACAUUGUUUGCUAUGUCUACAUAUAGCCAGAUUCUGUGUAUGCACAUGACUUUAUUUGUUGUAAAUUCUAAAUACCAAUACUGUUGCCAUCUGAAUAGUUAUGUUCAUAGUAGUUAGUCAUUGCAACCUUUGUCAAUAAUUCAAUGAAAACAACAGAGACAAGCCCAGUAGUGGAACAUUCAAAUAUAAACCCUUAGAGGCACAAGGUAUAGCCACAAUGACAUGGAAACAGAGACACAAAUGUUCAAGCACCACAAACAGACAAAACACAUCAAAAUAGCUUUAUCAAUAGUGUUACUGCCAUUCGGAGUUUCUCGGCCAUUUUUAUCGAAAACAACCUGGGAUGUAUAUGGACAGUUUACAUACUCAAUAUGUUUAAGUCCGUAGAGUAGAUCACGAAGUAUUUAAUUUAGCAGUUAAACUUAAUGACUUAACUCAUGCGGAUCUUAAUUAUAUUUACAAUAUUACACUUCACUGGCAAUCAAUUUAAGCUUAGAUCAAUAAAUGCAAGCUAAAACACUGCAUUUAAUUAAAUGAUAUAAUUUACAAAAAUGUGAACUACUUCUACUGAUGUACUGGCAUAAAUCUGAGGUUGUUUUCGCGAAAUAUGGCUGAGGAGCUCCGAAUGUGUUACUGCCUCUGAGGGGUCAGUGAAACAAGUUUACUGGAAACACUAGUUCACUGGGGAUUUACCCAGUUCAUACGCACAUAACCUCACAUUUGUCAGGUCAUAUACAGUUUCCUCUUAUAAACCACAUGUUGUCUGUUAUCUGUGUUUUAUCUAUAAGUUGUUUAUUUGUUAGUACUUGCAAUCUCAUUUUGUAUUGUUAUAUUGAAAUAGCAUUGUUUUGCUGCUCAGAACAAGAUAUACAUGUAUGCUUUUGUUUGGUGUGUUUCUGUAUCUGAAUGUCAAUAAUCAAACUGUAUUGGGAUAGCUGGUGCUUUUGUUGAUAGGUUUUGUACUGGUAUAGCCAAUGGAUAUAUCAUUAACAUUUAAGCUGCACUUUCACAGAUUUGCUGUUUUUGCAACUUUUUUUUCUUUUUUUCAAACGAGCCAAUUUAUGCGAAAAUUCAUGUAAACCAGUUAUAUAAGACUGUUGCCAAGACAUUAGAUUGCAAAUUUUUAUAUUUAAGUUUAAAAAUUGAUGUUUUAUGCAUUUUUCUUAAACCGUUGAUAAUGGUUCUAGCCAUAAAACAUUAAUUUUCAAACGGAAAUUUGAAAAUCUGUGAUCUGAUUUUUUGUCAGCAGUCUUUUAUCACUGGUUUGCAGAUAUUUUAUCAUUCUUAGACAAAAAAUAAAAAAGUUGUAAAAACAGUGAGUCUGUGAGAGUGCAGCUUUAAUGGAUCCAAAGUAUACAAGUAAGCUUACCAUUCCUAGUCAGUCAGGUAGCAAUGCGAAAUUUUGAUGCCUUUUUACCCGUAUAAUUUUUGUAAUCAUUAAAAUGGCCGGUAUUGCUUGAAGAUUUAAAUAUCUUAAAUGUAAUGACUGAAACAUUAUUAUGGAUACAGAGCUGAAGUUUGUCCUUUUGUUCUUUAUUUCAUCUGAAAUUGGAUGUGAAUGGGCUUCUCUUGUAAUCAUUCAAGGCCAAAAAGCUCGGUGAGAAACAAAAGAAUGGUACUUUUUAACUACUACUGGUAUGUUUCUAUGUUUAGAUGCUUUCAAAUGGUACCAAAAUAAUAUGUGGUCAUUAGGCAUCCAAUGGUCAGAUACCCACAGCUGAUCCAUUCCUUUAUUCUACAUUGACAACUGCAUGGCUCAGCCAUGUGUAGUGAUUUUCCUAUGAUUGAUUAUAAUCGAAAAUUGAUUGGUUUGGCCUAAAAUUGGCAACUAUUGAUUGUAUUUGGUCAUAAUGGAUCGGAUUCAACAGGCAAGUUGGUUUUCAUCUUUCCUCUUGUAAAUUGCAUUGAGUUUACGUCUGCCAAUUUUCCCCUUUGGGUUCAUUUAUACAUUCGGAAAUGUUCAGUUGUUAUCGUUAACGAUAUGGCCGGAAGCAACACAACACUAAAUAACUUCAAACAUACAUAUAACAUUGUUAACGAAUAUUAGUUUUUGUACAAAAAAAAUAAACCUAAAAUUAAGAUUGUCAAAAACGGAUUGUAUUAUCAAUAAUCAGUUACAUGAGUGGAACCGAUGAUCGAUAGUCAAACUGGAACCGAUUCACAACACUGGCCAUGAGUAUCUGACCAUGUAGGCAUGUAAGUUUUGGGUACUGGUUAGAAUGGUAUUUAUUUUUGUCUUGGAAUAAUGUUAAAAAAAUGUAUGUUUUAAAAAAUUAUAGAUAUUGUUGUACCUUUAUAUUUUAUUAUUGUGCACUAUAUGUGUAUAGUAGUCACUGUUUUGUUUGCACUGGCUAUUCAUGAAUUAAUUAAAACCAAUAAAUGAUAAAAAAUA